AUGUUGGACGAUCACAGCUCUGUGGCUAACGCAUUUCGUAUGGCUCGUGAUUGGUGUGAACAGAAUCACCAGAACGACUACCAGCUACGCUUGCUUGGCCAUGUGGUAAACAACCCCCAAUACAACCGCCCUAAUGUAUCUGAAAUUGUUGUUCUAAUCACAAACGACUUUGGGGAACACACCGAACCGCGCGAUAUUGUUGUCAGCACAAAGAACGGAGCGUUGCAAAGAAUAUCAGAAGUACACCAGCUAUAUAUGCCUUUGCAAUAUCCAUUGUUAUUCCCUUACGGAGAGACUGGCUUCCACGAGCGCAUACGUUAUCAUAACAACACUGAUAGACAAGCAACUAAACGGCAAUGUGUAACGGUCAGGGAAUAUUACUGCUACAGAAUUCAUUAUCGAAACAACGAAGGCACCACAGUUCUAAGAGGCGGUCGUUUACUUCAACAAUAUCUGGUUGAUGCGUACACGGCUGUUGAAGAACAAAGGCUGCGUUGGAUGCGAAACAACCAAAAUGAAUUACGCGUUGAAAUAUACCAUAACGUGUGUGACGCUGUAACGCGUGGAGACACAAAUGCUGAGGCUAUCGGCCAACGGAUAGUUUUGCCCGCAACCUUUACGGGGGGCCCACGCUAUAUGAUCCAGAACUACCAGGACGCAAUGGCUCUGUGCCGUGCUUUUGGGAACCCGGACCUAUUUGUUACAUUUACAACAAACCCAAAAUGCCCGGAAAUUGAAGACAUGGUAUCCCUCAUAAGAGGCCAAAAAUCCCAUGACCGUCCUGAGACCAUAUCCCGAGUUUUUAAGAUGAAGUUGAACUCAUUGAUUGAGGAUAUUAUGAAGAAACAAAUCUUUGGCAAAUGCAGAGCAGCAUUUUUACAUAUACUUAGGUUCUUUGUGUGCUCAUUUUUUCUCUGUUUUCUUUUCCCUUAUAUUUUAUCCCUCCGCUUCUAUAAAGCCGUCUACACGAUUGAGUUUCAAAAGCGGGGUUUGCCGCACGCGCACCUUCUUAUCUGGCUUGAACAUUCAGCCACGUGUCGAACACCUGCUGGUAUAGAUGAUCUGAUUUCUGCAGAAAUCCCCUCUGAAACUGACGAUCCGGCCAGCUAUAAAGCUGUCACAGAAUACAUGUUACAUGGUCCCUGUGGAAAUAACGCUCCCAGUGCGCCGUGUACAACUGACGGCAAAUGCCUCAAACACUUUCCGAAGGCAUUUUAUCAAGAAACGACAAUUGAUGAAGACGGCUACCCGGUUUAUCGAAGAAGAAAUUCCAAAAUUUUCUUCCUUAAGGGCAAAACUAAACUUGACAACAGGUCUCGGGCAAUAAAAUACCUGUUUAAAUACUUAAACAAGGGCCCAGACAAGGCUACAAUGAUUGUUCAAGAAAACAUUGGAAGUGACGAUGAGAAGCGUGCAAAACAGAUUAUUAGGGUUGAUGAGAUCAAGAACUAUCUGGAUUGCCGUUAUUUAUCGGCAUACAACUUGCCAGCCCUGUUAAACCGUGACGGGAUACGAGAGACAAUGUUCAUCCAAUGGUUGGCCCUGAAUAGUAGAGAUGCAAUGGCCAGAGAGCUGACAUACGCUGAGGUACCAACACAGUAUGUAUGGCAUGACGAUACCAAGGUAUGGAAAAGGCGGUUUCAACGGACAUCUCUGGGUCGGAUCGUGUAUUGCAAUCCAGUAGCUGGCCCCCGAUAUUAUCUAAGGAUGUUGUUAGGUGUCGUUAAAGGACCACGAAGUUUUGAAGAGAUAAAAACUGUCGACGGGGUUGUUUAUGAAACCUUCAAAGAAGCCUGCUAUGCUUACGGCCUUCUAAAUGAUGACAAAGAAUGGAGUGAUGCUCUCUCGGAAGCUCAUAUGUGGGCGUCCGGUUCCCAGCUACGGGAAUUAUUUGUUACCAUGUUGUUGUUUUGUGAGGUUAAUAGCCCGGGCCAGCUGUGGGAGAAGCACUGGGAGACGUUGUCCGACGAUAUUUUGUACAAGAAACGUAAGCAUUUCAUGUUCCCUGGGUUACAACUAUCGAACGAGCAACGUAAGAACUACUGUCUGGUAGAACUAGAUGAACUAUUGGAAAAGAAUGGCAAAUCGUUGCAUGAUUUCGCAGAUAUGCCCUAA